AGUGCUGCUCAUUUGCUUAAACCUCCAAUUUCUAAAAAGAAUAAAACUAUAUCAAGUUACGUUCCAAAAUGUCUUCGAUGGGAAUAUAUCAAGAAAAAUCCAAUCAAGGUGUUCUUCGUAACGCUCUACGUCUUGCUAAAUGCCGCCCUAUGUAUUUGGGUUGGUAUUGAGAGACGUCACCAAGGUGGAUGGAUUAUAUUGGCUAGGAUUAAUGGCAUGUGUCUCAAUUUCAACUCCAUGUUUAUUUUGGUGCUAAUGAUGAAAGGUCUUCUGACCUGGCUGAGAUCAACAAGAUCUGGAAAAUUCUUCCCUAUCGACCAACACAUUAUUUUCCACAAAUGUGUCGCCACAGUCAUCCUUUUGCAAUCAGUUCUGCAUUUCAUUGGUCAUCUCGGCCGAUACAGUAAGUGUUUAAAUUUUGCAUGUUGUUUUAAGCUUCCCGUUGUUAACAAAGAAACUCUAUAUACCAUUCUCAGACUUCGACGUAAUGUUGCAAAUCUGAAAAAUGCAUGCAUGAGGACUGGAAGAAAUUUUAUUCAAGCAGGUUGCUAGGUGAAACUGACGACAAUGCCUUGAAAUAACGUCCAGUUUGAAAUUUAGGAUACAAAUCAUUUAGGACAUAAAUCACCAUGCAGGUGUCUAGUAUCAUAAUGAAUUGUACUGUAUUACACUGUAUUGACCAAUCGAAUUGCGCGGUGUUUCACUGUAGUUAUCCCCGAACCGACGGCGCGAAGAGCCGUGCGAGGGUACUAAUUCCCCCGGCUAUUUAGACCCGGGGAAACGAAAGCAUUAGCGAAGUCUGAAGUUCAUCAAUUAUCGCGAGCGUGGGUCACCAACGAUGGAUGGUCAUCCUCACUGAUCUCAAAAAUAUGGCGGACUCUCAUGAAUAGCGGACACUGAUUGGUCCAAUUUAAAGUUUGCAUUAUAACGACUGCAUGACGACAGCGAAAUGGCAAACAUUUGAACAUUUCUUGAUUGAAUGAUUUGAUGAUUGAUAAAUUUCUUGCAAAUAUAUUUCAUUUUUGCUCGCAUUUUUGCAAGAUUUUGUAAAUUUCAAAAGCUUUCUCGGAAAGGAAGGGCGAAAGAAUCGGCUAAAAGAAGGGAACCGACGUUAACGAAGGUAAAUUUAUUUUAAAUAUUGAUUUUAUAAUUGCUUUAAAACCCGACGGUCUUCGCGUAUAUGAAACAACUAAACAAGACAGCAUAUAAUUUCAGUGUAUCUUUAAUAUUGAUAUCCUUUUUUAUUAUAAUGAAUUUUUUCAAUAAAAAAGAAAGCGAAGUUAUUUGCAUGCGAGAAUUUGAAAUCAUUUUAUUGUAAACUCAAAGUUUAUCGCUAAAGCCAUUUAAUUAAAGGCAGUUAGGCAGUUUAGUUUUAUAAAGAACACUUUAAAACGUUUUGCGAAGCGUUUGUGGUUGAAUUUUACUUUAAAUUGAAGCUUAUAUUACGUAUAAUAAUAAUAUAUAUAUAUAUAUAUAUAUAUAUAUAUAUAUAUAUAUAUAUAUAUAUAUAUAUAUAUAUAUAUAUAUAUAUAUAUAUAUAUAUAUAAUUGAUAAUUUUGUAAUUAAAAGUGAUAUUUUUAGGCGAUUUUUCAUUUGUAAGAAUAUUCUUAAAAAAUAAUCGUUUUACGAGGGUUUCUGCAGGCAUGUAUUUUCUAGUUAUAUAAUAUAUUUUCUUUUACUGUCGUGUCGUGUCUUGUUGUGUUUGGAUGAAUUGCGUUGGGGGCUAUAUCGGUAUUAUUGGGAAAACGCAGUUGGGGGUUAUCGGUAUCAUCGGGAAAACGUAGUUGUUCUGUAGUCGUAUUCCUAAGCCGUGCCAAAUUACAAUGUAAUAAAGACUGUAUGCAUUUUUGAAGUUAGUUGCUCACUGAAGAAAUUAAAAAUGACUUUUGAUAAGUCAUGCGUAUUUAUUUUCUAGUUACAACUGAUCCACCCAAGUUCGAAGUUUGGGAGUACAUGUUCACGACGAGAACACCAGAAGGAUGGGUGAACGGAUCAGCUGGGAUCACUGGAGUAUUAUUAUUGAUUAUUCUUGUUGUUAUGUGCAUCCUUUCACAACCAUCAGUCAGAAAACGAGGUUUAUUCGAAGUAAGGAAAAAGCUGAAUCUUUACUUUUACUUCUAAUCUUCACACGCUAAAUAUUCCACGAGCCAACGGCAGGUCAGCGCCGUUCAGUACGAUAAUAGCCGGGCCCAGGGUGCUAAUUCCCGCAUGGCUAUUUACAAGCUGAUUGAAAAGUUCAUCAAUGAUCGCUGGUGCACGGCUGUUUCAUGGUGCCAUGGGUCAUAAUGUAUGGGUGAUCUUGCUCACUGAUCUAAAAAAUAUGGCUGUUUUCCAAGAGUGGAAUAAGCCACAAGAUUUCAAUUUUCAAAACCAUAUAUUUGGAAAAUAGUUGCAUACACUGAGCUUUCACGCAAUUGUUCUUUGAAGAAAUAUUAAGAAGAUUAGAAGAAUAAUUAUUGAUUUUCUAUGGGAUAUUGUGAAAUAUAGGGCAAGUUUAGUUUGAAUGUUUAAUGUUUGUGAAUUUUAUUGCUUUAUUUUUGUUGGUAACAAUAUGCACCGCUGCCCUUUUCAAUGUAGCUGUCAAUUUCAUGCAACUAUCCUGUUAAACUAUUAAUUUAAUUAAAUUAAGAAAAAAAACUAAAUACAAACGAAAUUUGAUUUGAAGGCCAAACUGAAAUUUCUAUUUUAUUAAGUUAACAGUUUAUUAACAAAAAAGUUUAGUUGAAUUUCCUACCGUUUCAGGUUGAAUUUACAUUAAAUCAAUGCUGACAUGAUGCAAGAAAACAUAUCAAUACUACAGUUGUGUAUUUAUUUCGGGGACUCAUUGUUGUAUAGCUAAAAGUACUAAUUUUUCAAACAAUUUUGAAUUUGUCAUUUUCUACAAAAAAUAUUAAGAAGAUAAAAAAAAUUAAAAUUAUCGUGCUGCCGUGGCAACACUUGACGCACAACACGAGGCUGCGUUCAGUGUUGGCCAAUUUGCAAAUACUUCAUGUUAAAAGAAUGUUUGGAAAAUGUGGGCGAGUAGUUGUUGAAUGGAUGUAGCCUACUUCUCGGUCUCGUAUUUAUUCCGUAAUUGGAUCGAAAAAAUUGUAGAUUUUCCUCGUUUCUCGAAGCGAGCAAAGAAUUAUAGACUUUAUCCGUAUCUCCACGCGAGCAAAGCCUCUAAAGUCAACUCUUUGUUAGGCCACUAGUCACUUAGACACCAUCCUAUACCAAGGAUACCAUAUGCUCUCCAAAUCUUUCACAAUAUUUAUUUUCAUGCCACUCACAAAUUCCUCUUCGGCAUGGAUGUCAAAAUCUUAAUUCCGGAUCAUGAUGGUUUAAUAGACAACUUGCAUGUUAGACUAAUUUUUGAUUUAGGCAAAAAAAAUGUAAAUUCCCGUAAAGAACUUAUUAAAAUCAGUAAAAUUGCAAAAUUUGGUUACGAAAUGUUGUAAAACACAGAAAAUAUAGACUUAAUUGCGAAAUUUGCAUAUUUUCAGUAUGUUUGUAUUACGUGCGGAAGUUGUUAUCAUUUUUGAGCCGAAAAUGGUAACAAUUUCCGCACGUAAUACAAAUAUACUGAAAAUAUAUUUUUUAUACAACAUUUUACAACAUUUUGUAAUGAAACUUCGGAAUAUUACUAAUUUUGUGAUGCUCUUUCAAGCUGUGAUGAAUUUUUGUCCAGGCAUAUCUAGAUCAAAAUUUCACUCAUAAGGGGAAAGGUCUAUUUGUUUGUUGGUUUUGUGGAAAAAGUAGAUCUUCGAACAAUAUGCUAAUCCCAUUCCUGAUUACCUUGAAAGGUACAUAGAUGACUGUCUUGUCACAACAAAAAAGUUACUUCUGUGUUCUGCAAGCAUACUGACUUCCAUAGCUAUCUUCUAUUUUCGUCUUCCCACUCCAGCUACACCAAAAGGUCGAUUCCUUUCUGUCAGUUCCUUUGCCGCAUUUGCAGUGAAGAGGUGGACUUCCAAGCGAAAAGUCUGGAAAUGAGAAACUUUUUCCAGCGUGUCUGUCCUACCUCUCUAGUAAACACUGCCUUUUUGAAGACCUCCAAAAUUCCCCGUUCUGAAACCCUCAAAGAUCCUGUGUCCAAUGCCACAGGUAACGAUAACAUCCCCAUAGUAUUAACUUAUCAUCCUUUCAAUUUCAAAGUAACAGAUGUUCCAUGAAGAAUUUCCAUAUUUUGAAAAACAACCCCAAAUCAUCUUCUAUUUUCUCCAAUUACUCCUUAGUCUCAUUUCGACACAGCAAAAGUAUCCGUGAAACCCCAGUUCAUAACUCCUUAUCACAGGAUUCAUCGUCACAGAAAGGCACGUUUCCUUGCCGGGUUCCCAAGGCAAAAUCUGUGAUUUUAUAGAUUCUGCCAGCAGUUACACAUCCUUAAUUAAAAGAGGCCCUGUCCGAAAUAUCACCAACUCAAACUGACUUCACCUCGUAGCUCAUUUGGUAGAGCAUUGUAGUAGUAUCCCAAAGGUCGCGGGUUCGAUUCCCAACGUGGUCAGGCAAACUUUUCAGAAUAAUACCGCAAACAUCAUAUUCAUAUGAGUACAUAACACCAAGCAUACACAAAAUGUAUUAUUUCAUACUUGUUUCAUAGAUGUUGUUGUAUUUGCUGUAGUUUUCUGUAUAUUUGUAUUAAUAUAUUCUGCAAUUUUUUGUUGAUACUUUGUUUUGAAUAAAUUCAUCUGAUUGGUCAAUUUUUUAUCACGUGAUUGCUUUGAUAUUCUUAGUAUAAAAGCUCGUGUAUUUUUCGCACCCCAGCUAGUUACUCCAGACGAAGGGCUUUCGCUCGAAACGUCGAAAUUCUCCUUAUAUUUUUAAGGUAGUUGCAUCCCUACCAACGAAAGCUUCGAUAAUAUAACCAUUUAAAUUUACGUCUUGUUUGAUACCUUGGAUUUAAAUUAAAGAUGUUUUUGCUUUUUCGAGUUAGUCCGAUUAUUUAUUUCCUUAAAUUGCCUACUGGUUCUGCCUUUUGCACUUUAAUACGCUGACUUAACUGUUUUUCAAUUUUUUAGCUUUUUUACUAUACUCAUCAUUUAUAUAUCGUUUGGUGGGCGCUGCUUAUAUUCCAUGCUCCUAACUUUUGGGAAUGGUUUAUUGUACCAGGUGGUUUGUAUAUUGCUGAAAGAAUCUUGCGUCUUAGGAUUGUUAACAGAGCUCGUUAUGGAAAGACGACUAUAGAGGAAGGCAUAACAUUACCAUCGAAGGUACGCACCAUUGAUAGUUUACGAAAAAAUCGUUAUGCACGUACUGCACGAAGAUUUGUAAAACCGUAAACUAUAUUAAUUUCUGUUGGAGUUCCGAUGGAGUUCCGUAACCGACGGAGUUCCGUAAUUAACAGUAAAAAAAAAGAAUAGUUUAUAGUAUAAUCAUUACGGGUAGUUUGUUGCCUGAUGCCCUUUUCAUGGUAUCAUAGUACGAGUUAUUCGAACACUGGUAAACUUGACGGUAAUUUAUUUGUGGUUUCACAUUACUCACCAUAUCAUUCCGUGAUCGAAUACUUCCGUAACGUGCCUGUCAGUAUGCGUGACCAUUAAAAAUACCUUCUUUGAAUGCACAUGUGUCACCUUUUGAUCGACAUCUUUUAAUGUGAUGUGAGCAUGCGUACGUUUUUGUAAUUAUGAUUAUCUAUGCCCAAUUAAAGGCCUGUUCAUAGGAAGGCAGCUAACCGGGAGACCCAGCUGAGAGAGAAUUCCUGCAUGCUCUUGUUAAUCAAUGCAAAUAAAAUUCAUCCCGACUUGUACAUGUUAAGAUAUCACGUUGCGCUAGGUGGGAUCUCAGUCACAUAUGACCGAGAUGGACAUUUAUAUAUAGUACCGAUUAUGACCUAUAAUAUAGUAUUGAAUGGCAUAGUUGGAAAAUACAAAUAAAAAUAAACUUUAAUAGACCUAGAUAAAUACAUUGAAUGUGUAGUAGUAAGAAAAAAUAUUACGAAUACGCCAUGUUUACAUAAUGUCUUCCAACCGAGGCUGGAUAUUAGUACAGGUAAUAGGAUGGUUUCGAGGGAAAUUUGGAUAAAACAUGCACGAGUGAGUUUUUCAAAGAGCAAAAAAAUUUGAGGUUUAUGAAAACCUCAAGAGCGCUUGUUUUACCCAAAUUUCACGAGAAACUAUCCUAUUACGGAUUAAUAAUGUACAAAAAAAAUAAUAAUAAUAAUAAAAAUGUACGAAACAAUUGUAGUUUUAACUAACGUUUACAGCGAACCAUCCACUAACAAAGUUUUCUUGCUUUGUUACAUCAAAUUAUACAACGUUAACGGUUUGAAAACUUCGCAUUGAUUUUAGGUCCCAUUAUUUUUCCACCAAUCAGAUCAGUUUGUUAGAGAUUUUUGCACUGUUGUUACAGACAGGGAUGCACCAGAACCAAUUUUUUAAGUUCCGGCCUGAACCGGAUCCGGCUGCAAUUGGAAAAAAUUUCCAGCCGGAACCGGAACUGCCAUAUACUAGUUAUAUGUUACUUUGUCUGCUGCCAGACAGGCAGAGACUUCAAGGAGAGAGCUCGCAAAUGUUAGAACAAAAAGAUUGACAAACGUUAAAUGUCAUAAUAAAGUGCUAAUAGUGUACUUUUUCCUUGUGUAGUCCAAAUUUCUUCCUACUGUGAACUUCUUGUUAGACACAAAAACGUUUGGUCUCUCUGAAAACGACAGAGUUCCGGUUCCGGCCAUGCUUUUUUAUUACUAACUGGACAUCUGAAAAAUCGGGGUUUCGGCCGCAACUAACAGGCCGGAACUGAGUUCCAGUGCUCCCCUAAUUACAGAUUUUUGCACUGCUGUUUGAGAAAAACCGCAUUGAAAUCAAUUAAUCAUAGUCGAGUAACAUAGUUUUAUGCAUAUUAUUAUGUGGGAUAAAGACAGUCAUAAUAUGAACACAAAAAGCACUUAUCCCACUCAAGUGAGCUGCCUGCAAACCGGAUUUGCCGUAUAUACAUAGCCUUUGUUGUUUUUUCAUAGGUAAUACAUUUGGUAAUCAAGCGACCCCCGACUUUCCAAUACAACCCUGGUGAUUACGUGAUAGUCAAUAUACCGCAAAUUGCAAAAUACGAAUGGCAUCCAUUUACGAUUAGCAGCUCACCAGAUUUGACGGGCUACUUUUGGCUUCAUAUCCGUGGAGUAGGGACAUGGACGAAGAAAUUGUAUGACUACUAUGAAGAUAAAGAAGAGGAAGAGUGCACGCGAAAGUCAGUUAAACGAGCGACAAUAAGACAGGCAAAAGCCAAGAGUAUCAAUGAUAAAGAAAGGUAUUGUUGGUGUUUUAAUUGCCAUUAAAUAGUCAAAUAUUAGUUUUAUCAGGUUUAUUUAAUGGCGUGAAAGAAGCGGAAGCGGGUUGUCUAUGCUACUCCAAUGAAAGCGCUAACUUGAAGAUACAUGAUAAGUAUUGCAUAUAUAUAUAUAUAUAUAUAUAUAUAUAUAUAUAUAUAUAUAUAUAUAUAUAUAUAUAUAUAUAUAUAUAUAUAUUCGUUUUACCUCAAAAAACCACAACAGUCUGUUUCAUCCGUGUGGGAAUCAUACAGACUGUUGUGGUUUUUGAGGUAAAACAAAAAACUAUAUCACGCUCAUAUAUAUAUAUAUAUAUAUAUAUAUAUAUAUAUAUAUAUAUAUAUAUAUAUAUAUAUAUAUAUAUAUAUAUAUAUAUAUAUAUAUUAUAUAUGUUCUACAGUAAAUAUCACAUAGUAAGCAUCAAAUAAAAAACUUUGCAUGAUGUAAGAAGUGGGAUUUUUGAUUCUGGAGAUUCAGUAAUACUUUUGAGAACUGAUUGAACGAAAAAUUUACACAACAAAGUUGACUAUUCAAGACGAAUAUUCGACGAACCUAUAUGGCUGAGCGAAUAGUUAAGUUGGCCUGUCACCUCCGUCUCCUUUCUCCUUCGAAGGUAAUCUUCCCGAGACGUGGAAACAAUGGCAAGAGGCCUAGGCCUUAGAUUUUUUCCUAAUUGCUACAGAGUCGGAUUCCAAGUCUGAAAAAGUAACAACUUUAAUACUUUUAAUUUGAAUAGGCGAAAAAGGCCGCGCUUUUGAGUUUGAAAAUACAGCCGCGCCGAUAAACUCAAGCUAAAACCGGUUUUUAAGAAGUUUGAGGAGUACUGUAACCCUCGUAGCAAUACUACCUUUGAGAGACAUAAGUUUUUCACAUACCGCCAGCAAUUAAGAAGGACAGACUUUUACGAGCUUUGUUACCGAACUGAAGAAACGUAGUGCAGCGUGUGAAUUCGAUGCUCUGAAAGAUUCGCUCAUUAAAGAUAUGAUCAUUUUGGUGUCUUAGAUGAUAAUCUUCCCGAAAGAAUGCGUCGCGAGUCUAACAUCAAUCUACAAAAAGCAAUAGAGCUUGGUCAAGCCUCUGAGCAAACCAAAUUACAUGCCUAGCAACUCACUGAGGAUACGGAAAAGAAAGUUUGCACGCAAAAGCGAGAGACAAAGAGAAAAGUUUGAAACACAAGAAGUUUGAAACAAUCGCCAAUUAAUUCCGAACUGAAAAUUUUGUGCAAGUCGACAACAAUGUGGAAAAUGCCCGGCAUAUAAUCAAACGUGCAACAAAUGCCAACGCAAAAAUUACUUUAAUUUGUCAGGUGCUUUAAUUAAUGAAAACGUGAUUUAAGCAGAUGCCCCCAAAAUAGUGCUUCGUUUGAAUCGUCUUCUGAAAGUAAUCUUCUUCUACAGAGCGUUGUUGCGACAGAACCCAAUGAAAUCUUGAUUUUCAAGAAACCUUGAAAGUUAAAUCUUCGCUCACAAUUCAAAGCGAAAUCAACCAAUCUGUCGGCCUGCAAUGGAACCUCUCUCACCCUACAAGGAAAAUGCGUUGUCCAAAGCUGCAAUACGCGUUUGACCCAUAUAUCGCAACUAAAAAUAUUUAAUAUAUUCCCCGAGCCAACGGCGUAGAGCACCGUUCUAGGCGUAUAUAAGCCCGGAGCGAUGAAAGAGGGAGUAAAAAAUCCACAGAGGAAUGAGGGGAGGUAGUAAAAAAUCCACAGAGGAAUGAUUUAACAGGGUGUCGAUGAUCCAUGUGACCAGAUGGUUGUGAUCCACAGAGGAACGAUUUAACAGGGUGUCGAUGAUGGUUGUGACCAGGAUUGUAGCUCAAAUCCGCAAAUAUUUAAUAUAUUCUCCGAUUCGAGGGCGCGUAACAAUGGUUCAUGGGUGGACUUCCACUGAUCUAAAAAAUAUGGCUGUUUGCCAGGAGUGCAUGGGGUAACUGGAUAGGCACGAUUUCAAUUUUCAAAAGCAUAUAUUUGGAAAAUCACGUUUCACACAAUGAGCUUUGAAGCAAUUUUUGUUUGAAGAAAUGAGAAGAAUUGAUUUACUAUGCAUGGAAAUCGUGAAAUAUAGGGCAAGCUUGCUUUCAAUGUUUAAUGUUUAUGAAUUGUUUCUUUAAUUUAAUGCGUAAGACAUGCACUGCUUUCCUUUUCCUUUCCAAUGAAGCCGUAUAAGAUUCCUAAAUAACCCUGUUAAUUAAAAAAAAAGAGGUAAGAUGUAAAGGGGAGCAAAUUAAUUUGAGGACCUAAAUGAAAUUUCUGAACAAUUUGAACUUAUUUUGGUUUAUUAAGUAAAAAUACUUUAUCGCGGAAAAAGCAGUUUAGUUAUUAAAAUGAAUAUAUCAAAAUAUUUUAAAACCUCGUACUCAGGGGAGAAAAGAUCCUGUUAGACGCUGGUCACGUGAUCUGCUAAAAUCUAGAAGAUUUCUAAUUAACUAUAUUGGAUUCCCUUACGACAAUCAUAAAAAAUGCAAAAUAUAAAUUAUAAAUUAAACUAUGAAAAUCAUCCAAAUAUCAAAUAUUUAUUGACCUCGUCUUGGAUUUCUAAUUAAUGAUCUGCCAAAUUUUAGCAGGUUGCGUGACCAGCGUCUACCAGGGUCUUUUCUCGCCACUAGGAAAGACCCUGGUACGAGGCUGAACAUUUUACGAAGCGAUUCAGAUUAAAUUUUGCAUUAAAUCAAAGCACACAAAAUGCAAAAUAACAUACCUACAGUGCAUAUUUUGGAAAUUGAUUGUUAUGUGGUUAAAAGCAAUAAUCUUUCCACUAUUUUUGGAGUGUUGUACAAAAAAUAUAUAUAUAAAUUAAAAUUAUGGUGUUGCCAUGGUAACACUGACGUAAAUGCGAGCAUGCAUGCGUUCAGUGUUGACCAAUUACUAAUAUAUAUUUCCUGUUAAAUCAAUGUUUUGAAAAUACAGGCGAGGCAUUGCUGCAUGUAUGUAUUUCUAGUAUAGGUGUAUUUAGUAUCAUUAACGAUUACGACUUUGGCAAUCACAAUCCUCGUAAAUUUUUUCCUCUCCACAACUCAGGCAAACACAACGGUCAAUACUUCAACGUUAUACGACGAGUAUCAAGCGAGAUGGAGUGCGUGCUAUCAUGGAAAAGGUAGAGGAAGAACGCGAAGAAGAGAUUGAUCCCAACAACAACGAGUCUGUGGACGGUUUGUCCGAAGUCGUCAUCGAAAACGAACAAACCAUUUCUGAAGAAAAAGAAACUGUUGUUCUCAGUAGGAGCAAUAAUGUAGAAAAUCGAUUACUGCAGCAAAACGAAAGACGUCAAUCAUUGUGGAGAAACGGGACCAACAAGCUCGAAGUAAGUUGUAUAUCUAACGUUGUUAAAAUCAAAAUUAAUCUCUACCUAAUCUACUCAAUCUAAAAGUUUCAAAGACUAUGUCAUAUUGUUACCUAUAUCAAUAAUGAAAAUGCUAAUGUGCCAUAAGCGGCUACCUGUUAUAAGUACGAGAACUUGUGACUAGUCAGCAUAUAAACUGCAGUCUUACACUGAAAGAGAAAUUUGCUUUGAAAAUUUUCUUUAACCAGGAAUAAGCUGACCUGCUUUCGAACAACCGGCCCCAGCAAGAAAAUGAGACAUGUCGAAAAUCAAUGAUACCCGAGCCAACGGCGCGGAGCGCUGAUUCGGGCGUACGCCCGGGACGAGGGUAGUAAUUCCGCCCGGCUAUUUACACCAGGGAAAGGAAAGCAUUAGCGAAGUUUAAUCAAGGUUCAUGGUGUAUGGGUGGACGUCAUCACUGUUCUCAAAAAUAAGGCUGCUUGCCAGGAGUAGUAUAAUCAAGAUUUCAAUUUUGACAGCCAUAUAUUUGGAAAACUGUUUCAUAUACAACGAGCUUUGAAGCAAUUUUUGUUUGAAGAAAUGAGGGAAUCAAUUUACUAUGGGAAAUCGAAAAAUAGGGCGACUUUGUUUUGAAUGUUUAAUGUGUAUGAAUUUUGUUGCUUUGCUUUUAGCUUUUCGCGUAAAACAUGAACUGUUUUCUAUAGUUUCCUAAAUUACCCUGUUUAACUUAAGAAAAAAAACUUAAAAUGUAAAGAGGAGAGCAAGUUAAUUUGAAGACGGAACUGAAAAUACCCAACAAAUUGAAUGUCAUACCCGUGGCAAGUUGGCAGUGUCAGAUCAAACAAUUUUCUGGCGACCAAUCAGAAACGUUUCAGUAUUGCGUAUUUUUUCCUUAUCUGGGCGAAAUAUAUCUUCUAUUUAGAUAUACGUUGAUGGUCCAUACGGAGCUCCAGCUACACAUUUCACCGAAGCAGAGCAUGCUGUACUCAUAUCAAGUGGGAUUGGUGUGACACCUUUUGCAUCUAUUCUUCAAACUAUCAUCCUUCGAUAUAAGAACGCUUCGCACUCUUGUCCUAACUGUAAUUACUGUUGGGUUGGUGACGUUCCUUAUUCUUUGAAAAAGCUGCGAAAGGU